GGUGUCUAUGAAUGUAUGUCUAUCUGCAGAUCCUUGGGAUAAUAGAAAAUGCUGAUGUUGACCAGAUAUUCCGUAUCCUUGGAGACGUCUCUCACACCCUCUCGAAAUGCAUCCUCAUCUUCGCAAUCCACCGAAAUCAUAGCACAGAAGGUGUAUCCCUCAUCACACAAGCGCUCUACUGCCUAGUAUUCAUAUCUCGAUAUCUCGACCUUUUCAUGUUUAAUACAUUAUGGAACACAAUCCUCAAGAUAUUCUACAUCCUCAGUUCGCUGUACAUCCUCUUCUUAAUGCUGAGAGUGUAUGCGAGAACCAGGGAGAGAGAGACGGCUUGGAAAUUGGGUGCGUUGUGCUUGGUGGGUAGUGCGAUCGGAGCUCCGAUAUGCAUGAUGAUUUUCAGGCGUAAGGCAUAUUGGGGCUUUAUGGAGCUCUUGUGGACCUUUUCUAUCAUCCUCGAGUCGACCUGUAUCCUUCCCCAGCUACUCCUCUUGCGACAGACAACGGUGCCUACAGUGAUCGAUUCCUAUUACCUCCUUACGCUUGGUUCUUACCGCGCAUUCUAUAUCCUGAAUUGGAUCUGGAGGGAAUUCGAUAUCACGGAUCGAAAACCAGAUCCAGUAUCUAUCAUCUUUGGGGUCCUGCAAACAGCAUUCUAUAUCGAUUUCGCAUGGGUAUAUUAUUCUAGACAAAGAGUCAAGCUACGAAAUGGCGGAAUCGUGGAUCAAGAUGACAUGAGAAAUGGAUGGUUGCUCAGGACGGUCUUUGGACACAAAGCUAUUGUCCCUCACGCAGAAGAAGAUGAAGAAUCAGCCCCUGCUCUUGGAGACGAAGAAGAUGAAAGACCAAAUCCAAUCAGAAAUGGAGGCUCGAAAUGGGGAGCCAGAGGCAUCAGCGUCUCUGCCGAUGAUGGAGUCUUGGCUGGAGAGAGGGAAAGACAGAAUCAAUUCCCAGGACAAGAAUCGGGAGUCGUAAAUGCAGAGGAUCAUCUUGAUCCUGAUGCCAAGAUGAGGGAUCCGGAUGAGUUGGCGAAGAUCCUGGAUGAUGAAGAUGACGAUGAUGAUGAGGGCGUUUUGCCUGGUGGGGAAGGAAGUGCGGCUGGGAGUGGGAAUGUUUGGGGGGAGAGGUGAUUAAGGAUUAGGUGCUUGAAGUAUGAAUGAUGC